AUGGGUGAAUGGUACUCAAGUUCCUGUGGAAGACGCGAAGCCAAUCCGAGUCCGUCGAAAAGCAGAAAUACCAAGCACGCCGUCUACACCUGGAACCCCAGCUUCUCGCAGGAGACACCGCACAAGCCCGUAGUUGCUAUCAUGCAUAUUAAGCUGUCCAUUAACCUGCAUAUAUUCAGCAAGAAAAUGAUUAGGUUCACAUUUGAUCGGCCACAUUACAAUUUUGUGUAG